GGUAAAUGAGAAACAUUUCGGUACACACGAAAUGAAAAGAGACAAAUAUCACAAAAAAGAGCGGGUAUACAUCCAACAAGACUUUUCUUUACGCCAUUGACGAUUCGACAAAGGUUUGCUCUGAGCGGCGAAGAGACAGAGGGAGGCGCACAGAAAAUGGCGACAGCAAUGCGGCAAUUUCAACCGUCCGCCACCGGCACAAGAACCUUAACUAUCACCAUAGACGACGCGGCUUCUCAGCCGGUCGAUUCCUCGUCGUCCCAUCGGCCUUGGAACGAAACCCUAGUUCUCACAUUGAAGCCCAAGAAGAAGAUGGUUUCAUGGAAGGAAGGCACGGUGGACAACGAGUUCCUCAACAGGAAAAGCUCUAAGAAAUGCUGCAUUUUCCACAAAGACAAGCCCUUCGAUGAAGAUUACAGCGACGACGAGGAUGAAAAGAAGGGUCAUUCCAAUGAUCAUCCCCACAAUCACGCUCUUGAAGAUUGCGGUAGUUGCGAAGGUCAUUAAUUGAAAUUUGGGGCAUGGUUUGGAUGUAAUAUAGACAAUAAAUCGAUGGUAUCAAUUGAUCUUAUGUAAAAUAUUACGUAGUAAUUGAUUUUUUUUGGAUUCAUUCGUUCCUAACUUUCUUUAUUACUUAUGUUCGUCAAGUUUAUUAUCUUGAAUCUGAAUAGCAGUUGAAGCCGUUUGUCUGGUUAGUUUGGAGAUAUUUGGUGCCCAAAUUUAUGUUUUGAA